AUGUCUAUACCCUACACCUUCAUCGACCAAUUCCCCGCCCAGAGCGGCUCAGCAGCCACUACCGGCGGCGCAUGGUUGGGAACAUUGUCCGCAAACGAUGCACGAUCGACCAUAUCCACACCGUGUGGAGAUGUUCCACAUUGUCUUUGGAUGUGGGUCAACGCCAGAGGUGCCUAUGAGACGUAUAGCAUGAAAUACGAGGCAAAUAUCUCCAUCCCCAUGUCGCGCUACGGCAACGCGAACCAGCUCUCAUUUAACUGGUCGUAUAAGAUCCGAUGGGGAUGCUCAGCAUUGCCGGGCGGAUACAACCUCACCUCCAACUCGCGCGUCGGCUCAUCCGAUGCAAACUCAUAUUCGACCAGCUUUGGUUCAACAGAUUGGUCCACCAUUACAGCAAGCGACGAUUGGGCGACCACCAUUUCGCACAGCGGGACGACUCCGAUAGAACGCUAUGGCAGCUCGUCGCUCGGUUUUGUCUACAUUAGCAUCGACUUGACGAUGCCUCAUCCACUCAAUUCUUCCGUUUCGUAUUACAUCAAAGGGGCCACAUUUGAUAUCACCACGCCUACGUCUGUUGCGGCAGUGUCAACGCCUAUCGCCUCUGGCUCUGGUUCCGGCUCUGGCUCUGGCUCCGGCUCUGGCUCUGGCUCUGCUACCUCGUCGAUUAACCGCACAUCCACAUCCACUUCGUCUACUCUAUCGGCCUCUAUCACAUUCUCCUCCAUCCUUGGCGGUCCUAGCGUGGACGCUGGUUCGGAAAGUUCAACACAGGCCGCGGUAGGCUCGACAGAGAACCCAUCUAGUCCAUCAAACGAACCAACCAGAAAGACCAACCUAACACCAGCUAUCGUUGGAGCAACCCUAGGGGUAAUUGCGCUCUUGGGUCUCAUAGCUUUCUUCGUCUUCCUUCUCAGACGACAUAGGCGAAAGGAAGUGGUGCCUACUGGAGAAGAUGAGGGCUUUGCGCCGAUGACGCAUAGGUCCGACUCAAUGCUCCUUGCCGGUCCUGCACCAAAGGGUGAGCGGCCACCGAGUGUGAGGUGGAAUACCGACACCUCGGCAUAUCUCACGACCGAAGAGAAUCUCAUGCCUGUAAGCGAAUCUGAAGAUGCUAUAUUACCAUCUGGCUCGCGCGCAGACAAUCCAACCAUCUCGCCCGCAACGGACGACGUCGUACCUAUUCGACCUGAAUCACUUUCGCAUACAGAAACUACAGAGAAUCGACAGGAAGAAGAGAGGCAAGGAGGCUCUGUAGUCGGUACAGAAGCACCUCCGCCUUAUCGGGGCUCCGUGGGGACACCGAUUGCACCCGGUCCAUCACGACGGAAUACGAACCCCUUCAUUCCAUUGCCCCUCCCAAUGCGUACACUAGAAGACUUUGCACGUGUGCAUCGUGCAGAGGUUUCGGAAGAGUUGGAACAGAAGCUCAGGAGGGCGAAUUAUUUGCCUAGUGAUGACCCUGAUGCAAUUUCGGACGAGGUUUGGGAGAGAGAAUAUGCUGUUGAUGCACGCGAGUUGGAGGUCUUGCGGCGUCUUUAUCAGAGGAAUAACGAUAUUUAA